CUUAAAAACAAGAAAUUAUGAAUUGUUUAGCGUAACGCUUCUCCAAAGAUUCACAAAACCCCACACUCUCAUUCUCUCUCUCUAAAUUAAAAGAUCAUACUUUCUCUUAAAUCUUCAACCUCUUAACGCUGUACGGUCGUCACUAAGACUGGCUGUGCACUUAAAUUUACCUAUAUUUCUGAAGAAAGAUAGGAAAUUUCGCCUACCCAUUUACGGAUUUAGAUAAUUAUGGUAGUUCAUGAUCUUUUUCUUGCAGGAAAUUACGUUCUUUUCGGAGAAAGAUAGGUUUUUCUUGAUCUUUAAAUGGCUUAGAUCGACAAUGUGAGGUGGGUUCUUGAAAUUUUCAUCUGGGUAUCAUUUAUAGGUAUUUUCUUUGAUGAUGGUUGCAGCCGUUUCUGAAACAACCACCAGAAACCAUACAAUUCGACCUUCAUUGUUGCCGACUGAAAAAGAUGAUGACGUCAUCACUCCAGUUAGACCCAAAUCAAGACAAGUUUCUUCAAGAUACCUAUCUCCUUCAACUUCAAAUUCGAAUUCGAAUUCGAAUUCAUUACGCACAGUGACACCUUCUAGAAGAGCCCCUUCUCCUCUAAUUUCAAGAAAUUCGACAACUCCGGUAGCAAAACGGUCGCUUUCUGUUGACCGGAGGCGACCCACAAGACCGGAUCUUACCUUAAAACCUAACAAUGCCGGUGGUGGUGGUGGUGAAGAGUUGUCGGCGGCUGAUAAACUGCUGGUUACAUCUACAAGAAGUUUGUCUGUUUCUUUUCAAGGUGAAGCCUUUUCUCUACCAAUUAGUAAGACCAAAAUAACCCAACAAUCACCUAACUUAAUUAGGAAGGGUACCCCUGAAAGAAAAAGAAUCCCCACCUUGAAAAUUGGUAGUCAAGUAGGAGAUCAUAUUGAGAACACUAAACCCAUGGAUCACCACCGGUGGCCCGGUAGGAUCCGACAACCGAACGCUACCGUUUUAUCGAAAGGUUCCGGUUUGGACUGUCAGGUUGAGAAGGGUGUAGUUAGGGAUUUUAAGUUACUCCAAUCUUUGGAUAGCAGAAGGGCUUCAUUUGAUGGCUGUAGGUCAAAUCUUGAUUUGGGUAACUCGAGUGGUUCGAUUGACCUUAUAAACCUUGAUCAGCAUAACCCAGAUAGGAAUUUGGCUAAAGAUUCGUAUUCGGAUACGGAUAGCGUCUCUUCUGGUAGCACGUCGGGGAUUCAAGAACAUGGGUUGAACCGUUCACGAAUCGGGCGUAGUGGGAUUAUUGUGUCUCCAAAAUUUUGGCAAGAAACUAAUAGUAGAAUGAGGAGGCUGCAAGAUCCAAGCUCACCACUUUCAACUAGCCCGGGGUCAAAAUCGUAUACCCCACAAAAGAAUUUUAAUUCAAAGCGAUUCUCGAGUGAUAAUUUUUCUUCAUCAUCUCCGAAAACGAUGGCUUCCCCUAAUAGAAUGAGACCAUCAUCACCGAGUAAGGUUAUGAUGACAUCACCACUAUCAUCACAAUCGAGGGGAAUGAUUAGUCCGCGGAGGAAUUCGGUUUGUGGAAUUAGUAAUAAUGUUAGUGACACACCAUCGGUACUUAGUUUUGCUGUUGACGUUAGAAGAGGAAAAGUUGGUGAAAAUCGGUUUUUUGAUGCACAUGUUUUGAGGCUUUUAUAUAAUAGGCAAUUGCAGUGGCGGUUUGUAAAUGCUAGAACUGAAGAUAUAGUAUUGAAGCAGAAUCAUAGUGUUGAGGAAAAUCUGUGGAACGCAUGGAUUACAAUGUCAGAUCUGCGUGAUUCUGUGACCAAAAAGAGACACAGGUUGCAAUUGUUGAGGCAAAAGCUGAAGUUAGCAUCGAUUCUUAAGACACAAAUGGUUUUUCUUGAAGACUGGGCUUAUUUAGAUAAGGACCAUUCAAUAUCAUUGCUUGGAGCCAUUGAAGCUUUGAAGGCGAGCACUCUCCGUCUUCCUGUUGGUGCAGGAGCAACUGCUGACCUCCAAAGCAUGAAAGAUGCCAUAAAUUCUGCACUCGAUGUGAUGCAGGCAAUGGUUUCAUCAAUGAACACACUUUGCUUACAGGUUGAAGAAGUGAAUUUAAUGGUGACCGAAAUCGCCAAAGUGUCUGCAAAAGAGAGAGCUUUGCUUAGGAUUUGCAAAGAUUUCUUAUCCGUUUUAUCAGCCCUCAAGGUGAAGGAUUGUAGUCUGAGAACUCAUAUGAUACAAACGAGACGUGUGAACUGAUGUUAAUUACGCGCUCUCUGUGUGUAGAAGUCACUAACCUUACAUCAUCAUCAUCAUCAACUGAUAAUAAUAUAUGGAGUAAGUAAGUAGCUGAUUUUUCCAGUUUUUUUUCCCUUUUGUGGGUUUUGGCAGCCGGGGGAAGAUAUAUAGGAGGAGUUGUUUAUUGUGUUUUGUAGUGAUGUGAAUGUAAUGUAUAUAAUAAGCAUAUUAAUAUUUUUUAGAUCAUCUUGUAACUAA